AAGAUAUUGGAUAUUGAAACACUGCCAAACGAGGCCUACUGUUAAAUGUGGUUGUUACAUAAACAUGAAUGUGUUAAUUUUUCCUACCUUGGCCUGCAAGACAUCUAAAUUCUGUGUCCAUAUUCGGCUCUUCUCUCAAGCAGCUGACAAAGCAUUACUCUACAAACUGCGCAAAUUGACAGGCUUCACUUUUUCGGCUUGCAAAGAAGCUCUCAUCAAACAUGAAAAUGAUCUUGAUAGGGCAAAAGAAUGGUUAGCUAGCGAAGCUGUUAGUCGAGGAUGGGACAAAGCAGGAAAACUAGCCGGAAGAGCGAUGAAUGAGGGUCUUCUAGGGGUCCUAGGUUCUCGAAGUCAUGCUAUUAUUGUCGAAGUUAAUUGUGAAACUGAUUUCGUCGCGAGAAACCAUUCAUUCCAGUCUUUAGUUGCCACAGCAGCUGAAACUGUUUUGACCAACUACAAUGAGCCUACUAAAUUAUCACUGGAUUCCGACCAGUUGGAUAAGUUGGUAACCUCCAACUCCUCUACGUUGAAAGAUAUUACGGUUUCAGCCAUAGGAUCUAUUGGUGAAAGUAUUCGACUAAAAAGAGCUGUCGGACUUUGUGUCCCUGAUAACACUAGCACAAGUUGUCUGGCUAUUUAUUCACACACGAGCUCAGAGAGUAUAUUACAAGGGAUACGAGAUGUCCGCUUUGGAAAGUAUGCUGCUAUCAUUCGCUAUAGACCAUUGAAUGACAAACCUGCCAAUGAUCCAUGGUAUGAACGAGCUUCACGUUUGGGGAGACAAGUUUGUCAGCAUAUUGUUGGCAUGAAUCCAAAUCCUGGAUUAGAACCUGUUGAAAAUCCAGCUGCCGAUCCAGAAGAAGAGAAAUCUCUCCUGCUACAACCCUUUCUAUUAGAUGAAACUAUACGUGUGGGCGAACAUUUAUCACGGAAUGAAAUGGUCCUUGAAGACUUUGUUCGUGUUGAAUGCGGAGAAGAUGAUCGAGUUGAUAAUUCAAAGAAUGUGUGAAAAACGGAAGUGCGAUUACUACAUAAUCAUCUUGAACAUGUAUAUUCAGGAUAAUUGUAAUUAUAAUCCACACUUAUCAAGCAAACUGUAACUUGUUUAUAUUAUUUUCUGUACAGAAUUAGUGGGUAUUGUUAAUACUGUGAACAAUCAUCUAUCAAAUGAAUUUCUUCAAGGCAUUUAGCGACUAUAGUCUGAGAUACUUCCUCAGGUUUUUUUCAACGCUAUUUUCUUCCUUAAAUUUUAUAUUAUUAUGUUUUCGAACAAGAUCAGACUGCUGUUCAAAUACGUUGAUGUCAUAUUUUUAAUUCAUAUUACUUUUGGGGUACAUAGUUAUUUAGAAAUUGCUCGUUUGAAUAUAGAUGAUAUUCAUCUUAUAUGGAAUGCAAAUCUUUGUAUUAUAUUCUUAUUAGGAUUUCAGUUAUCGUUUUCGAUGAGCUUUAGCGCCUACUAAAGAAUAUUCAAAUGUGAAUAUAAAAACUUAAAAUUUAUC